UAUGGUUUUUAAAAUUUCUAGGGUUUCGUUUUCCUAUGCAUGAUUGAGCGCAAGGUCUGCGAUCGUGAUUCAUGAAAUCUCAAUCUCUUCCUGUAUUUCUUUGAUCACUGUUUUCAUCAGAAGAUCUGAUUCUUGUGCGUCAAACUCCAGUGUCUUCUCGAGGAAUCAAGCAUUCCAAGGGUUUCGUUUUUUAUGUCUUCGGAGUUUUGAGAUCUAGAUUCCUUCAGAGUCUCUGUUGGUGCUAUAUUUCAAAUGGAAUAAGCCAACUCAUGGUCUAUAGUCUCCAUUGUGUUACAAAGCUGUGGAGAACUUAUAUUCAAUUCAAAGAAACUGGGUUAUUCUUUAAAUUGUCCUUGUCUCUAGCAUGCCCAAAUAUACAUAGGUGCAAUUUUAGCAACACCAUGACACCAAAUCUUGAUGACUGUACGACCACUGAUAGCAAAAGCUUGUUGGAUUUGAAUUCACUUGAGUUGAAGCAAGGGCCUCAUGUAAGCUUUGAAACCAGGGAUCAUCAAUCUGUUCAGUUGACACCAGAAAUUGAAAAGAAGUAUGUUCAUCGUGUUUAUGAUGCAAUUGCUCCGCAUUUCAGCGCCACAAGGUUUGCAAAAUGGCCAAAGGUUGCCGGAUUCUUGAAUACUUUGAAACCUGGUUCAGUUAUCCUGGAUGCUGGUUGUGGAAAUGGGAAAUAUUUGGGUUUGAAUCCAGAUUGCUUGUACAUUGGAUGCGACAUAAGUCCAUCUCUUAUUGACAUAUGUGCAAGAAGAGGACAUGAAGUUUUGGUUGCAGAUGCAGUUAACCUUCCAUAUAGGAAUGAUUUUGGUGAUGCUGCAAUUUCCAUUGCUGUGUUGCAUCACCUAAGUACUGAAAGCAGGAGGAGAAAAGCCGUUGAUGAGUUAGUACGGGUUGUUCGAAAAGGUGGUCUUGUUCUUAUUACGGUGUGGGCUGUUGAGCAAGAGGAUAAGUCGUUGCUUAUGAAAUGGACUCCUCUUUGUGAAAAGUACAAUGAAGAGUGGAUAAGUCCUACUAAUAUUAUUCCAUCACGUAAUCCAUCAGCAAUCGUGCUUGAAAGCAUCCCGGAGGCAGAUGAGAACUCCCAACAUCAAGGAAAUCAAUCUAGCAAACCACAAACUCAGUCAAAUGGCGAAGACAAGUCAGAGGAGAAAUUGGCUGUUGAAAGUUCUAGUUCUUCAUGCAGUGGCAAAACAGAAGCACAACAAGAGUAUUUUGUUCCUUGGCAUUUACCAUUUCAUCGUGCUGAAAUUGGAGGUGCAACUGCAUCUGCGCUUGAAAAUGGACUAGCAAAGAAAGAUAAUAAGAAGGGGGCUAUGGUGUACAAUCGAUACUACCAUGUUUUUGCUGAAGGCGAGCUUGAAAGGUUAGUUUCUGGAAUGGAUAAUGCAACCAUUGUUGAACAAUUUUAUGACAAGUCCAAUUGGUGUAUUGUGUUGGAGAAGAGAUGAAUUAUGUUGCAAGAACAAGAGACUCUCUAAGCUGUGAUUUUGUCCUUUUCAUAUGAAACAAGGUCAUCAGUGGUUCAAGCGGCCCAGUCUGUUUCAAGUUCUUAAUAGAAGGAUUGCCUCCCCAAGUUUUCAAUGGAGGAGCAUAUCUAUAUUGUUUACUGUACUGAAAAGAGUCCAUCAUAAUCUGCAAUAUAUUUUGUUAUUGUCAAGUGACCAUGAGUAUCAAGAGCUCUUUUGGCUUAGUAUGCAGAUGUAUUAGAAGGCAUACACAUAGUUGCAAAACUAAUGAAGCUGAAAGCAUUCCAAAAUCAGUUUGAGGUUAACAGGGAAAAGUCCAUGGUCACAAGACCAUAUCUAUUUUUUGGAUUAAAUUUCUUGAAUUGUACUUUUUUUUUUUGUGGCAAUUUUGCUUCUCCAAAUAUCAUCUUGAAGUUGUUUUGGUCUUUGUACUUUAAACAUAAUGUAUUUUUGGUCUGUCACCUAACUACGCUUAUAUAAUUAGAAAUAUAUGUAUAUAUAUAUA